UUCCCAUCAUAAAGACCGCAGGGAUGUCUCUUGGCUUCUUCAAUGGUCCAGCUCUGUUUCUCUUUUGGCUAACAAAGCAUGCAGUGGACUCAGUCCAGUUGUCGGCUCCAGAGGUGGUAACAGGAGCAUACGGGGCAUCUGUGACUGUCUCUUGUCAGUACGAUCUUCAGUUCAAAGAAUACACAAAGUACUGGUGCAAAGGACCAGUCUAUGAGCUGUGUAGCAAAGUGGUGACAACAGCCUGGGGGCAACAUAGUGAGAGAAGCUCUAUCGCAGAUGAUAAGGAUGCAGGAGUCUUCAUUGUGACUAUGACUUCUCUCAAAGAAAGUGAUCAGGAGAUGUACUGGUGUGUCAUCGGCAGACUUGGAAGGAACAUCUACACUGGUGUCAGGCUCCGUGUCUCCCACACAGUGAUAACCUCAACAGCCACUCCAUUACUGAUACUGGAACAAGAUGAAAUAAGUUGGUGGGCAACGCUGCGUUGGAUCCUCUUUAUUUUAAUGUUGUGUUGUUUGGCAUCAACACACUUGGCUGUGUGGAGGACAACGGCUACGAGGAAAAUACAGCUGCAACAACUAUUUCAACUCAAACAUCUAUGAUUGAAAGUCACGGGUGAAUUAUAAACUGAUUUAUACUGGGGCUACAAAACGAUUCUUCCAGUGGACAUUCUGUCUGUGUGUGAAUUAUACUAAGAAAUAACCCAAGUGAAAAAGUGGCUUUUGGCCUUUUUUUUCUUGGUAUCUAAAUAAUUAAAUACUGAUUAAUUUCUGUGCCAGAGCGUAAGAUAACUUUGGGCCCAACUUUUGAAUAUCCAAUCAUCUUAAAAAUUAGCACCUCUGGAGAAGUGAGGCUCUUGGCUUUCAUCUAAUUUAUUUGCAGAUGUUAUAUGGACCGUCAUAGAGGUUGACUUUUUACAUUUAACCACAAGUUUCUAGGGGUUUUAUAAAAAUCUGAAAGUAAUGCUGGAAAAAAAAUACCUUCAUGCAUAAAGAGACAAAAGUUGAAUGGUAGUGAUUUCCCACUCAUUUUUUUGUUAAUCUAAGAAAGGAUUACAGAGGUAGAUACAAUUUCUUUAGCUAGGAUUAUGGGAUACCUACAGCUGACAUGGUAUUUUUCUGUUCAUGCAAACUGGGAUUUCUUGUUACAAUCUGUCACAGUCCAGUCCUUAAACUGGGAAAAAAAACAGGAGGCAUACAGGUAUAGUAACUAAUAAAGUAAUUAAUUUACUACAAAAUAAUCAAAACAAGUACAACAAAUAGAUGGCAGGAAGCUAUAAUGUCAGUAGGGUAGGGAGAGGAUGAGCAAAAAUGUGUUGCAUGGAAUGUUGUGCUGUAACAACAAGGAACAGAACCCAAAGGCCACAAAACAGAGGUGCUUGAGGUGAGAAAAUCUUGGCAAGGACACCUGGCUCAGGUGUGACCCAUGCCACGGAUUACCCUCCAACAGCUCUGCAGCCCUAAAGACAGAAAGCAAAGCAACAGAAAAGCACACCAAGCAGAGGGGCUGUCCCAAAUCAAAGCUUAAUUAUAGUCAAAUUCAACCGAAAAUGUGACAUAUCAAAUUCUCUAAAAGAGGCGGUGGUUGGGGUGGCCUACAGCUCACCUUGUAGAGCGCGCGCCCCAUGUAGGCUCAGUCCUUGCCAGCGGCCCAGACUCGAAACCAACCUGAGGCCCUUUGCUGCAUGUCGUACCCCCUCUCUCUCCCAUUUUCUGUCUCUCUUCAGCUGAUCUGAAUAGAGGGAAAACCCUAAUAAAAACAUCUUCUAUCAGCGUGGAAGAGGCAGUGGUGAUUUGUGAUAUUUGCCAAGCAGAUUUUAUUACCCUGCUGGUUGUAGCUGCACGAUGUUGGACGCUUAUGUCUGCUGCUUUUAGAGAACAGCAUGUAUUAACAGUUUUAUUAGCCACACCUGUACAAUGCAAUAAACCCUGGGUUAAACCGUAUUCCUGUGAAGCAUGUAAUGUUCAGUUUGUAUGUGCCAGAGAGGUACUAAAGUAUUUAGUCUGUAAAGGUGCUGUAUUGGAUUGCUUUAUAGGCUGUUUUUGAUAUUCUGUCUCCUCCUUAGGGUGGACAAAACAUUCUAAACAACUUUGAGGUCUUUUUCCCAGCAGACACUUUGAUUUGUCAUAGCAGGAUUGGCACAGGUGUUUCACAACAGGGUCAUAGCAGCAACCAUGGCUCCAUUAUAUUCAAGUGCCCCAGUAAGCCAUGAUAGUGUGACAGUGAGCCCGCAUUCACAAUACCAGGGCCCUUAAACUGUAGCUUAAUGGAAUUCAGCCAUCAUUAAUUUUAUUAGCUGCACCUGUGACAUGUAAAAAGGGCUUCCAUAAAAAGGCCUACAGCAAGGUAGCUGUGAACUCAAAAUAUAUUACAGGAUUGAGUCAACUUGCAAACAACAAAAGAGCAUUUGAGUAAUGUAGUAUUUAUUUCAGGUCUAUUGUACUGUAUUCUACAGGUUUUCAUUUAAUUUUUUCUGAAUGCUUGAAACCAGCUCAGCUAUAUAAAUCAAUAUAAAUGCAUGACAAAAAAACAAACAUGUUUGAUACUCAAAUCACUUAAUUUCUCUGUCAAAUAGACAUCUAUCAAUGGUGUAUAACGAUGUAGUCUGGAAGAGGUAGAGCUCAGUUUCAGGUGAGGAUGCAAGGUGCGAGGGAUAGAAUGAGUAGCCUCGUGAGACCGUCCUGAUCUCGCGAGCUCCAGUUUUCCACUCGCAGAUCAGUCUGGCAUCUUGAG